ACAAAUUCUAAAACUCAAAAUGAAAAUAAUGAGGGAAAACAACAACAAAACCAAGGAAAUAAUAAAGGAAAUUCACUAGAUGCAUUACUAAAAAAACGAAAUCGACCUACUAAAAAAGAAAAAAAGGAAUUGAAAAAACAACAAGGAAAAGUGGAACAACCUAAACCACAAGAAAUUCAAUAUGAACCUGUAUUAAAAGAAAUGAUAACUUUACCUAAUGUUAUAGAAGAAACCAAUGGUAUAACUAUUAUGACUUAUAAUUUACUUGCACAAUCACUAUGUAAGCGGGAAUUAUUUCCAAAUUGUGGUGAUGCAUUAAAAUGGAAAAAUCGUCGACCGAGAUUGAUAAAAGAAAUAUUUUAUUAUUUACCUGAUAUAGGAUGUUUUCAAGAAAUGGAUGAUAAUAAUUAUAAUGAUACAUUUAAGCCCGAAUUUGAAAAAUCAGGUUAUGAUACACUAUUUUAUAAAGGUGAUAAUACUAAACAACAUGGUUGUUGUAUAGCUUGGAAAAAAUCUAAAUUUACUAAAUUAAAAGAAUCAACAUUUGAUUUUGAUAAAAUUGGUGUACCUACAAUGAUAACAAAUUGCAUAGGAAUUAUUGUAGCGUUAGGUAUAUUAAAUAUAAAAGAAAAUAAAGGUGUUGUGAUUUGUACUACACAUCUUUAUUGGAGACCUGAAAGUAUGUAUGAACGUACUAGGCAAUGUUUAAUAUUAUAUCAAAAUCUUUUAAGAGUUAAAGAAGAAUUUAAUUUUCCCGCUUUUUUGGCUGGUGAUUUUAAUUCAACUCCUCAUGAUCCAAUUUAUCAGUUAAUGGUAAAUAAAUCAAAAUUAAGUGAAGAGCAAGUUUCAAUAUUAGAAAAUUCUAUGAGAGCUUUUGGAGAAGAAAAAAGUAACGAAGGUGUUGAUAAUGUACCAUCAACACCAGUUACUAAUAAAGAUAACGAUGAAGUAACAAUUGAACAAUCGAAAAUUUCACAAUCUUUUAUCGUAACUGAAGAUCGAGCAUCGCAGUCUCAAUCAUCGCAAUCACAACAAACACAGAUACAACAAUUACAGCAAAAUUUAUCUUCACCGUCGUUAAAACCUCAAUUAGAGCCAUUAUCGACUUUACUUUCUAAUUUUGAAAAAUUACCAAAAUGUUUAUCACUUUAUGGACAAUAUUAUCACUUAAUAGAUUCAGAGAAUAUUGAACAUUUUGAACCAAAAAUAACCAAUCAUGGAAAAUAUUUUAAAGGAACUUUAGAUUAUAUAUUUUUCGUUCUUAAUCAAAAAGGUGAUGUUAAUGAUGAAAAUGGUGAAAUUAAUAAUAAUAAUAAUGUGAAAGUAACAAAAUUAUUAAAAUUACCAAGAGAAGAAGAAUUUGGAUCAACGUCUUUACCAAAUUAUAAAUUUAAUUCUGAUCAUAUUUGUUUAAUGGUUGAAGUUAGAAUUGAAUAAGUAAAGUAGUUCUUAGCAUAAAGACCAUUUAAUUUUAAUAUAUUACAUACAUUAUCUCUUAAUUAAUAACAAUAUAAAAAAAAA